ACUCCUCUGUGGGGACGCGACCUUCACAGUUGAGACUGGUCCCCGAGUGCGUUUAGUCCUGUUUACAGCCUGAGGUACACAGUAGCCUUCACACAUGCAGUAAUCAUCUUGUUCCAGUUAUGGCGGAAAGAGGUCGUUUGCAAUCUCUCGAAUCACUCUCAAGAACAAAAGCAGUAAAAUUGACAUUAACAGCAUUGACAAAUAUAUUAUUGCAAGAAGAGCAGGAAUGUAGUUCGAGUAGAGAACGUGACAGAUGUAAAAGAAAACGCAGUUAUUCAUGUGGCUGCGAUGAGAAGGGGGAACUACGCUUGAACAAAAAAGUCAAAGUAGACGGUGCGUGUCAUAACUUUGUAACUAGUAAAAUGCGUAAAAGAAAGCUGGAUGACAACGAAAGCGACGAAACAAUACAUAAAUACAAACGGCAGAAGUUUCAUGAAAGUUUUAAGAAUUUUGAUUUAAAUGAAGAGGAAAGAUUAGUAAACAACUUCGAAGAGAGGAAGUCCAAAGAUGACACAGACAUCUCAUACAAAGUAACCUGUAAUGUUAUGUUAACAUCGUUGAAACAGUUUUUCUUCAAUUUAUCCCCUAAAAUGUGGACGGAUUAUGGAAAGUCGCUCAUUCGUGAAACACUCCGAAUGAUAAGACUGGAAAACCUUGAUAAGAAACACCUGAACAAAGUAACCGAGCAUGUGUUGUGCGACAAACUCUUGUUUUUUUCUACGAUGGAAAUAGAGAAUUUUUCAAGUGACUUUGAAGGUGUAAUUUAUGACAGGCUAAGACACUGUAGAAAGUUGUUAUCUCUGGAAAUAACAGUGAUACCUAGAGACGAGAGAGACGUCAUCACCGCCACACUGUCUCUUCAGAGGCUGAGGAACCUGCGGUGUCUCUCGCUCCUCCCGCCCACCAGGUACUCCUUCCACUGGGUCAUACACGCACUCUCUCAACAAUGCUUCAAUCUACGUGAGCUCAAAAUUGUCUACAACGGCGACCUCUUUGAUCCUGGGAGAGGCGUGUCAUGUCUCCAGCACUGUCAGAACUUGGGCGCACUCUGGCUCUUCAAUUUUGGACGAAAGAGUGAAACAAAGUGUGUGAGUGAGCUAUUGAGAUCUCUGCAUAAUCUGAAAGUAUUGUUUCACAAAGAAUUACCUAACGCUAUAUUAGAGUUAACAUGCGAUAAAGGCCACAGUCUUGAACAGACUGAUGUAUGUAGUGCUGCUAGCAAGUGGCCAGUAAGGCAGCCCAGCACCAUGUCCUGUCACUUGUCUAUGGAACGUGUAGAUCUGUGCUGGUAUCAGCGAGCCGUGGGUUACCAGCUGGUAUAUGUACCAUCGUCUUACCUCCUGCGUGUUGCUCAAGCUUGUCCAAAGAUCAAAUUAUUGAAUCUCGUUGGUCCGCCGUGCCUGGCGCAAGUUGUUGCUAACCUGCCAUGCUUACAGGCCAUAAUCUUACACCAGGCAAGCCUAGCCUCCUGCCUCAAGUGUUCCUUGAAGGGCGUCAACCUUGACAAGAUAUCAGAGCUGCGAGUUUCUGACGUGUGGGACGUCACCCAUGACAUCGUGUCAGCAAUAGCCAGCAGGUGCCCAAACCUGCAAGUUCUGAGUAUCAUUAACUCUAGUCUGGAAGCGCGGGGCGACCUCCUCACUCCCCAACAUCGUCCUGCCUUCCAGUGCCUGCGUGAGGUAAUUCUGGUGCCCACCACGUUACAUGGUCGCCCAUGCCUUACCUCUCCUUCAAUAUGGCAACUCGGUGCUGCCCUCACAGCUUACAUUUUCAGCGGGGCUUCUUCUCUUAUCUCCAUUCACGUGCAGUACAAGUCUGAGGACAUUCCCGAUGAUGAUAUACCCAGCGAACAGGACCUAGAAGCUGCUCUCUGUUGUCCCCGACCUGGUCUUCGUCAUCUUGUGCUGGCGUGUCCGCCCGUGGCCUCCCCUCACCUGGCGGAUGUUGUGAUAGGGGCUUGUCCCACCCUCACUACCCUGGGCUCUCUAGCCACUUGGCCCCUCACCAGUCACCAGUGUGCUGCCCUCAUAGCCAGCUACCACCACCAACUGGAUAUAACAUGAGCACGUAUAACUGUGAUAUGUAAGCUUAUGUUGACAACGAGAGCAGUACUGAGCACUGCAGCUACAUUCAUUACAUUUGUGUUUGUAGCUAAAAAAAUUAGUCAAUAUUCCUUGAGCCCCGUCUAAGCAAACUAUAAGACGGUGUAUAUAAUGUUUUAAAACAUAAUCUAGAGCUAUGAUACAGCAGAAAAAAGUUACAUACAGUUAAAAUUACAGUAGCAUACAGAGAAAUAUGAAAGUAGCAUAGAAACCUGUCCACAGGGAGGUGAUCCACUAAAGGGAAUGGAUUGGGAUUAACUACAUAAUUAGUGCUAUUAUCUACUCUCUCUAUCAAAUGGUUAGGUUAGGUUUCAUUACGUUUGGUUACGUUAAUACGGUAUAUUGACGAUAAUGUGAAAUAUGGAACUCGAAAAUUAUAUCAGUGUGACCAGACCACACACUAGAAAGUGAAGGGACGACGACGUUUCGGUCCGUCCUGGACCAUUCUCAAGUCGAUUGUGUGCCGGAGAAUUCUGUUUACAUUAAACCAACUUUUUCAAAAUAAAGGUUUUCAACAUAUAAUUCUUAUAUUUUAAACAUACGAAUUCUAAUACAAUAACGUUAUAACUUGAGAAUAAUCUCUGUUUACGACAAAGCUUCACUUUCCAGUUUACAUGCAAACUAUUACUGGAACCGUAAUAUGCUUUCAGACCAUCAUAAAUGUCUAGAUAACUAUCCAGGUGGUUUGAAGGGUGGUGUGGUGUUUGAAGAUAAUAGAUUUGUUGUGAGGACGAGCUCAGUAAUUACACGUAAGACACCUGGUUGAUACCUGGUUGAUGGGGUUCUGGGAGUUCUUCUACUCCCCAAGCCCGGCCCGAGGCCAGGCUUGACUUGUGAGAGUUUGGUCCACACACCUUAUAUAUUGCUAAGCCAUUUAUUUAUUCUAGUGUGAAGGUAGAGAGUAAAGAGGGUGACGGGGAGGACCGGACAGUGGCACGCCGGACACCGUCUCGUGCUUGGUCGUCUCCAUAUUGUAAUGUGUAUGUGAAUACUUAAUUAAGUUACCAGCUGAGUGUACCGACACCAGUGCGGCAGCGACAAGAGAGAGAGAGAGUAGUACAUUACCCGUUGUCCAGUCCGGAUCUUUCACGAUUCACAAUCAAUUCUGGGUUCGAAUCUCGGUCAGGACAAAAAUGGUUGGGUACGAUUCUUAUCACCUAAUGCAUCUGUUCACCUAGCAGUUAAUAGGUACACAAGAGUUAGUUAGCUUGUUGUUGGGUUACAUCGUGAAGAAGGUGAAGAGUAGUUCGUCCCUGGGAGUGGUUGGGCACUAUCCUUAUCCUGACCCCUUCCAAGUGCUAGUCGUAAUGGCUUGGCGCUCUCUCCUGAUAGUUCCCUUCCCUUCGUCCCUGGUGGGGGGGGGGGGGAUCUCGAUGUAAGCCUAACGUGUACAUAUACACUGGUGGCGUGGCCCUCGACACAAUGAGCUAUAAAGCCAACAUUAUGUUUGUAACUCAUCUUCUAUUACUUUUACCACUCUACUUUUAUCAGUAAAAAUAUUUUACAUAUACUUUAUCGGGUACUUUUACCUGAAUAAACAUUUGAAUUUGAAUUUGAAUAUAAGGAAUUUACACCAAAUUUUUCGCACUCUCCCGAUCAGUGCUUUGUCAAGGUCUGAGUGCUUGGUUUGGACUAGACUUACAUCUCAACGUCUAAUGAGGCUGUUAUCUUGUUGUUUAAGAGUCAGCUACUGGGAACAAAAAGUUGCAAGUAGCACGGGCUAUGGUGAUCCCGUAGUGGACUUACCUGGCACAGGAGCGGGGCUGUAACUUGGCUGUUAGCCUGGGUCCAGUCCUCUUGUCCUUCUGGACCUCCUGACCAGGUCACCACUAGUCCCGACUGCCGUUGUAUCUGCGGUAAUGUCUUCUACGGAAAUUUGAUCAUGUGUCCGUACCGUAAUCCUGCUGUUCUGGGAACUGAAGUUGUUAUUAAUAGAGGUGUUCAUUCCGAUGUUAUCCCUCGUAACCCUCUUCAUACCACAAGGAACGCGGCUAAUGGGAACGUGGCUAAUGGGAACGCGGCUAAUGGGAACGCGGCCAAUGGGAUUCAUCCAUUGAUUGAGAUCUAAUUUUAAUUCACUCAAUCAUUUUCUAGUAAAGCUGUCCUCCGAAGGAAAGCUCUUGUUGCCAGCGAAAAUAUUCAGAGUAUUUAUUUUAAAUACUUCUACUACUUUCUAGUUCUAAUAUUAUUAUGUAUUAUUUCACACUUCUUAAAAUCAAUAUUGUGAUCUUUUUCCCAACUAUGGUUAGCUACAGCACUGUUACCAGCCAUGAUAUUACACACUUUCUUGUGUUCAAUUCUGAUCUACAAUUCUACUUCACUACAAUCUCUACAAGGUAAUAUGUAAACAACUCCAGGAUUACUAUCCUCUUCUACUCUAUUCUUACUAAUCCUUUCCCCUAAUUGUAUUUGGGUAAUUAGGAAUGAUUUGAUGUUUUGUAUCCGCAACGUUACGGGUCAGUUGGCUUAAACUAGGGUUAUAAUGCAAUUUCAAAACCAUUUUAUUAUCAGGAUUCCAAGGGUGUCUCUCAGUUAUAGUGUAAUGGAUGCCUUUAUCUUUACUGUGGGUUCUUCUCAGUGAACCACGACGUAUAGCCUAAAUCCAAAGACUAUUAAAUAAAUAUUUAAGGUCAGCUUCUAUGUAAGACGGGUCACAAACCCUAUAACCUAUUAGAUAACGACCGGUGAGUACACGUUCUUGAACUGGAUUAGAAUGAUAUGAGAAAAAAUUAAUAUAUGAGUGUGUCUUUUUUCCCCUGUAAAUACGGAAUGUAAACUGAUCGUUGCUUCUACCUUCCUUGCAAUCCAAAAAUGGGAGUUCUUUAUCAAGUUCUUUUCCUAUAGUAAACUGCACGGAAUGCUGCAGGCUAUUGAGACUAAAUACCUAUCUAGGUUCUCGAAAUCUUCCUCAAAAAUAGCGAAAACAUCAUCAACAUGUUUUAACCAGGUUCUGGGACCUUUACCAUCUCUUAUUACUGUGGGUGCUAAUUGUGCUUAAAAAACUCCAUAUAUAAAUUUGGUUGAAUAGGGGAAAGGGAAGACAUAGCCACCCCCGAACUCUUGUUAAUAAACCGACCCAUCUAACCUGAAAUAAGUGUCUUCUACACAAAUAUUAAUCAGCUCAAAAAUAAAGUGUUAGGUAUCGGAGUAACACAAUUACCUGCUACCGGUUGUGUUCUAAGAUAAUCAAAUAUUUUAGGUAAAGGCACAUUGGUAAAAAGUGAGACCCUAUUUCCGUAGGAGACGUUACCGGAGGUACCUCGCCAGGCGGGCCUAGUGGUGACCUGGUCAGGUGGUCCAGAAGGACAAGAGGACUGGACCCACGAUAACAGCCUCGUUACAGCCCCGCGCCUGUGCCAGGUAAGUCCACUACGGGCUCACCAUAGCCCGUGCUACUUGCAACUUUUCGUUCCCAGUAGCCGACUCUUAAACCAACAAGAUAACAGCCUCAUUAGACGUUGAGAUGUAAGUCUGGUCCUGACCACACACUCACACCAUGACAAAGCACUGAUCGGGAGAGAGCAAAAGGUUUGGUGUAAAUUCCUUUAAAAAAUUUCACAAAUACACAAGUGUGGGUUUUUAUCUCAUGUUAUGUCUGUGAGAAGACACUACCAUUACUAAUUAAUUAUUAUUAUUAUUAUUAUUAUUAUUAUUAUUAUUAGAGGAGGGGCAGGAGAGUGUAGUACACUAGUGCAGUAGAGGCAGAAGAAUAUUCAGUAAUACACUGGAAUAGUAACUACGUGAUCAGAAGGCAGAUGUGAACAUAUAAAUGUUAUCAAUAUAUUCAUUAGAGAAAUCGUUGUUGACACACUCACAGUGGAAGGAGACUUCUAUUUACAAUAUUUUGUCAAAUUUAUGUAAUGUUUUAUUGUAUGGCCAUAAACGCUGUGCAUGUUAGUGGCUUUGUAACACCAAUGUUAUGUUCCCUAACAAGGAACAAUGUACAAUGUACUCCUUGUAUAUAAAUAUAAAAUCAUUACGUAAGAAAGA